AAUGACACAGUUGAAGCCGCCUCAGCUUUUCAUCGCUUAUUACACAAUCGCUGACUGUCAACAUGUCCCUUUUCCGGCUGGGUCAACGGGUGUAUUCUACUAUCAUCCACCUUCCCCUGGUGCACCAGUCCUCACCGGUGAGCUGCGCUUCAAGCUAUGUACGGACCUCGCCUCCUUCGCGACCUCUCGCGCCCUCCAGCUCCCCAACGAGGCGAGGCCAUGGUCAUUGAACCUCUAUUCGAUUUUAACAGCACCUAAGUGGAUAGCACUCCGCCAGAUGCUCGUCCGUGAUCGCCUCGUGUCACCUGUUAUGGUAGAAGCAAUUUCCAACCUCCCGCGGGUAAACAUCAAAAAAUCACGGAUUUUGUACUCCCUUGAACAGCCUUUCGAAAUCGAGCUGGGGCAAAAAAAGAUUUCGUUUGUGAUUCUCGGCCUCAGGCACGCGGCUCUUUUCAAAAUCCAUCACAUGUGCUCCGGAAAUGAGACGCGCGACCCAAGCUACACAGUAGGACGUAUCAGGGCACGCUUCGAGCUUUCUACCCAACCUGAGCACUCUACCAAGGGACCAACGCUCGUCCUGCGUGUCCUCGAGCUGCUAAGCCCGCUCAAGUGCCACAUUCCCGGGAAAAUGAUAGAACCUUGCCCCGGUGAACUGCUCAGCAGACACGGCCAUGGCGGGUCCUACGUGUGGUCUUGCCCGCUCGAAGAACGGGAUCUCGUGCCUGUGUUCGGAGAGUUCACCCCCGGCUGCACACCGUCUCUUUCCCGUCUCUUUACCGUCACGAUUGCAGGAUGGCAGGAGAGGCUUAUUUGCACCAGAUACGCAAACGUCAUCGCGGUCCCAGAAUUACAAUGCAGCUACUGUCUCCACCUCGUCGAACCGAUGCGCCGUUCAAUCCUUCCCCUUCUCAGGAAACUCAUACAACCUCCACCUUCUGUGAAUACCAUCGUUCCAACCCGAAUGCACACGCAGCACUCCGUCGGAUUGGUGUUGGGGAUUGAUGACGGCCUCCUCUCCCGCCCCCGCGAACUCUCCCCCUG